GUGAGGGGCAACUGGAACUUGCUGUGACACGGUCCACUUGUGACCACAAGACGCGUGACAAGACGCGUUAACGCUACUUACUCCUGCUCAAUCAUCCAUCAUCACAAAUGCCUAAACGCAAGGCGCCUGAGGACUUUGACGCUCCCUCAGAGGCUUCUCCUCCCAAGCGUGCUACUAGAGCCAGCACUCGACAAAACAAUUCUGGACUGGCUGCGCCAUCAACUCGGUCCAGCAACUCUCCACAGAAAGUUACAAGGGAGGAUAGCAAAAGCUUCCAAGCUGAUGCACAGCUGGAUGUGCCAGUGAAAUCUGCACGCCCUUCACGAAUCCGCAAGAAGCAGCCAGCUGCCAGGGAAUCACCCCUCAAGAAGACCGACGCUUCAUCACCUUCAAAAAGAAUUGGAAAACAGAGCUCUAACCCGAUAACAAGUCUUCACAGACAGGAGGAAUCUGCCAAUUCUGAUGAUGCCGAUGAGCUGAAUCUGCCUCCCUCCAAACUGCCAGUCCACUGCACAACGCCACCACCCAGAUCACAAGUUGGACGCUUCCUCCUACAUUCUGUAGAAAUUACGACACCUAGAUCAUUCCCAAAGCCUAUUUUCACGGCCUCACCGGCGCCUGAUACGCGACAAUCCUCUGCUAAGACACCUAUCACAACCACGGGUAUUGCAUAUUGCACGGCAGAACUAGCUACCGCAUCACCUAGCCGUUCUUCCGCCCUCCAGAACGUUCCGCCUCCCCAGGCGUCCUCUAGUCGGACUAAUCAACUUCCGAGUACACCAACUAGGGAUAGGCUACAGCCGAAGUCUCCUAAGAAAGAUCCGCCUACAGCUUCUAGACCCCAUUCACCUACCCGUCUUCCCCGUAAUCUCCCCCCUCAUCUCGGCACAUGCCUCCGUCUACAGAAGCGUGUUAUGUUAUUGGAACUACAAAAUUGUAGCAUGGAAUCCGAUGAAGAUGCUAGUCUUGGCCCUACUAAUGCAGCAGCAUCUCAGCAACUAAAGGAUCUGCUUGCGGGAACUGUCACUCGUGGGGAGGGCAAUAGUUGUUUUGUCCUAGGACCACGCGGCAGUGGAAAGACUGCUCUUGUGGACCGAGCUAUCGCGUCUUUGAACCAGACUCCGAUUGUUAUUAGGCUUUCGGGUCAUGCCGAGCUAAACGAUCGCCUCGCACUUCGAGAGAUCGCGCGACAGCUGUCUCUCCAAACAGGCAAAACGUACCUAGCUGAACUUAAUGGUGACGAUGAUCAAGAUGAUGACAACAAUCCUUUCCUGGACGCCGGCCCAUGCAUCGCCAUCCCACCCCCAUCCCAUCUCCCUGCAUUGAUAUCGGUCUUAACCACGCUUUCGCGGCCGGUGGUAGUCAUUUUAGAUGCGUUUGACCUCUUCGCGUUACAUGCACGGCAGGCACUUCUUUACUGUUUACUGGAUACCGCGCAAAGCUGUAGAGUCGGUCAAGGAAACAAUGGCAUUGCAGUCAUUGGGGUAACUACAAGGAUAGAUACAAUCAACCUAUUGGAGAAAAGGGUCAAGAGCAGGUUCUCUGGGCGAAUGUUGCGUACCGCUGCCCCGACAGAGCUCUCAUUUUGGAUGAAGCUUAUAGAACGAGUAUUUCGGGCCGGAAUUGAAACUUCCGAGGAAGAGUGGGAGCCGUUAUGGACCCUGUCUAUCGACAACUUUAUCGCAGAUCGGAAAGUGCUCGAACAAAUCCAAGAGACUGUUGCUGUUACUCGCGAUAUUAGGGUACUUCAACGAAUCUUGGUUGGCGUUGUCGCUGCAUUAACCCCUUCGUCUCCGUUUCCGACCUGUGCGCAGCUCUUAUCCGCAGUAAAUGCACAGCGUAUACGUGAUCCGUUCCCUCACUUAAGCACAUUGCCGUAUCCCUCGAUCUGUCUUCUUAUAGCUGCCGUGCAUGCUCAUACUGCCGGCCAUGAUGCUAUCACUUUCGAGAUGCUCUAUGACGCCUUCCGUGAACAAUAUCGCGCUUCAGCAGCUGCCCCGAUCCAGGUUGCAGGAGGAAGUAUCGGCAUGUCGCGAUGUACUCGGGAAGUUCUGAUGAGGGGGUUCGAGCACCUGAUUGGCGAAAAAAUAUUCAUAUGCGUAGCCGCAUCGUCUACGAGCAUCGCUCCAGGAUUCACUCGAUAUCGAAGUGCUCUGAACUGGGAUGAUGUCAAAAGGGCAGUCGACAAGAUGGGUAAAACGAGCUUAAAAAAGUGGCUCACAAAAGCGAACUAGUUUGUGACGUGGCUGCAUAGUUUACCAUU